CAUACCCAUCUCUCUCUCUCACUUGCUCCCUCCAAAAAAAAUUUCCCUCUACUUUCUCUCUCAUUUUCCCACUAUUUCUUUUACCCACCUAGAAAAAGAAAAAAAAAAUGCCAUCCUUGGGUGGAGUAGAAACUCCAAAUGCAGACCCAUCCAAAGACUCUCCUCGAGAUUCUCAUACCUUGCAAUACAUAAUGGCUUCUUGUUACCCAAUCACCCUCAAGUUCAUAGACGUGUGUUAUAGGCUAAAAUUGGAGAAGAGGAGCACAGGCGACAACUUCACAAAGAUGUUGACCGGUGGUGGUGGUCCCACAAGAUCAACGGACACGAUCACAGAACGAACAAUCCUAAACGGAAUAACCGGAAAAGUAUCCCCAGGCGAAAUCCUAGCCGUUCUAGGCCCAUCAGGGAGCGGGAAAUCAACGCUGUUAAACGCACUCGCAGGCAGACUCCAAGGACAGGGGUUCAGCGGAUCAGUCCUCGCGAACAACCGAAAACUGACAAAACCGGUCUUAAAACGAACCGGGUUCGUGACACAAGACGACGUCCUGUACCCUCACCUGACGGUCCGCGAAACCCUAGUCUUCUGCUCAAUCCUCCGACUACCAAACACACUGUCAAAAAAUGAAAAAAUAACGAUGGCAGAAUCGGUGAUUUCGGAAUUGGGACUGACGAAAUGCGAGAACACGAUAAUAGGGAACAGCUUCAUAAGAGGGGUAUCGGGAGGAGAGAGAAAGAGAGUGAGCAUAGCGCAUGAGAUGUUGAUAAACCCUAGUUUGUUGAUAUUGGAUGAGCCGACGUCGGGUUUGGACUCCACGGCGGCGUAUAGGUUGGUGGAGAGGAUGGGGGAGAUGGCGGAGAAGGGGAGGAGGACGGUGGUGAUGUCGGUGCAUCAGCCGUCGAGUAGGGUGUAUAGGAUGUUUGAGUCGGUUUUGGUGUUGUCCGAGGGGAGGUGUAUUUAUUUUGGAAAAGGGUCUGAGGCUAUGACUUAUUUUCACUCUCUUGGAUUCUCGCCGUCUUUCCCCAUGAAUCCUGCUGAUUUCCUGCUUGAUCUCGCUAACGGUGUGUGCCAUCUUGAAGGUGUAAGUGAAAGAGAGAAGCCAAACAUAAAGCAUUCCCUUGUAGCUUCCUACAACACUUUGCUAGCACCCCAUGUCAAAUCUGCCUGUAUGUUAGACAUAACAACUACAGCCCCAGAAGAGACUCUAACAAAUGCUAGUCAUAGUCAUACUUCCAGAGAAUGCAAAAGAAGCUUCAGAAGCAGCAUUUCCACCUGGUUUACCCAAUUCACCAUUCUUUUCCAUAGAAGCCUCAAGGAACGAAGGCACGAAGCCUUCGACUCCCUUAGAGUCUUCCAAGUACUCUUUGCCUCACUACUAGCCGGUUCUAUGUGGUGGCACUCUGAUGUCCGCAACAUUGAAGACCGCUUAGGCCUCCUCUUCUUUUUCACAGUCUUUUGGGGAGUCCUCCCUUCCUUCAACGCCGUGUUUGCCUUUCCUCAAGAACGAGCCAUCUUCAUGAAGGAACGCGCUUCGGGUAUGUACACCCUUUCGUCCUAUUUCAUGGCUCGGAUAGUUGGGGACUUACCCAUGGAGCUCAUUUUGCCUACAAUAUUCAUCACCAUAGCCUAUUGGAUGGCCAGUCUGAAACCUGAAAUGGGUGCUUUUCUUUUGACUCUAUUGGUUUUGCUUGGUUACGUGCUCGCCUCACAAGGUCUAGGGCUCGCUCUUGGUGCUUUGAUCAUGGAUGCUAAGCGAGCUUCUACUAUGGUUACUGUCACAAUGUUGGCAUUUGUUUUAACAGGAGGGUUUUACGUGCAUAAAAUCCCAUCUUGCUUGGCUUGGAUGAAGUAUACAUCUACCACAUAUUACAGCUAUAGGCUUCUUAUUAAUGUCCAAUAUGGGGAAGGAAAGGAUAUAUUAUCACUACUUGGUUGCUCCCAUAGUGGAAUUGGCAACAAAGCCAAUUGUAGGUUUAUUGAAGAAGAUGUUGAAGGGCAAAUUCACCCAACAGUGAGCAUUGGUGUGUUGCUUUUGAUGAUGGCAGGAUACAGGUUACUCGCUUAUGUUGCAUUAAGGCGUAUCAAAGCAUGAAAAAAAUUGUGAAAUUCCACGAUUACUGGCUUGUGUUGCUUGAGGUAGAUGAGAUCAAAGUGUACUACUGGAUUGGAUUGGACCUCCCAAUUGGAACACUCCGAAUGACCAAAUGAUGCAGGAAAGAUAGUGUUUUUUCUUCAUAAGUCGGUGGCUUUGGUAUUGAUGUUGCUUGGUGUUGGUUUUAGUUUUAAUUGAAUUUAAACUAUGUCGAAAGGUCUAUUUACAAACAGUUCGCGCAAAGUAAAUGUAAAAAUUUAGAGAGCGACUGCUUCAAUGUUAUUUACAUUCAAAAUUAGCAAGUGAAAACUAUGUUUGCCAAUUUACAUUGCAAGAUAGAUCUUAAAGAGGCAAAAUUAUCAAUUUUGAGUGAAA